UCAGGCAGUGUUCAUGGUACCCGCUGUAUUGGUCCUCCACAUAAGAACAAUAUGUGUUGUUACUGGAUAUAUGAUUUAUUCUUGCUGAUGUGGUAGAGCAUGUAUUCCGCCACCGCCGGGCUUUUUUCACGUUACGACAGAGGGUAAACUCCCGCUAACUCCGCCUGCGUAAAGCCUGAGGAGAACAGUUUUCCUGGUAGAAUUAUCGAGUGCACCCAGGAAGCUGACUUGUGUUUACUUCGAGUAGCCUACAGUCUGUUGACCGGAAUGGCAGACGAGUCUCUGUUCGACUUUCUCCACAUGGAGAUCGUGUCACAUAUUUACAGGGAGCAGCAAUCCAGUAAAGAAGAGAUGGACAACAAGGAUAGAGCUGUCUGCGUUUCUGUCCUUGAAAGCAUGGGCUUCAGGGUAGGACAAGGACUCAUUGAGAGGUUGACCAGGGACUCUCCCAGCUUCAAAGAUGAGUUGGAUGUAAUGAAAUUUGUCUGUAAAGACUUCUGGACAAAGGUGUUCAAGAGGCAGAUUGACAACCUCAGAACAAACCAUCAGGGUACGUAUGUCCUGCAGGACAACACGUUUUCGCUGCUGACUCAGCUCUCCAAUGGAAAACAGUACCUGGAUCAAGCUCCCAAGUACCUUGCUUUUUCAUGUGGCAUUGUGAGAGGAGCUCUGUCUAACCUCGGUCUGGACAGCGUGGUGACAGCUGAAGUCUCUGUUAUGCCGUCCUGUAAAUUCCAAGUGGUGGUCCAAAAGUUGUGAUCUGAUCUUCUGUGCUACCCUGCAGCUGAUGAACAGGGCCAUGAAGAACUCCAACAAAUAGUUCCUGUCCAAACACAGAGAGUCAAACACCAACUUAAUUUACUCAUCUGGGUCAAACAGGACUAGCCAGGUUCUGCUGACAACCGGGUACCUGUGACAGAGCAGAAAGGCUCAGCCAAAGCUGACCUUUUACUGGUUCUACUCUGACACAGAAAACCAUUUGCUUUAUUCCUUUUCCCUUUUGAUAUAGUUUACCAUUUAAAUGAAACAAUGCAUGGUGUUCUCAACUUUAGUUUUCCUUAAAGAAGGGAAGCCUAGCCCUGACCGACACCACUGACAAAUUGACUGUCAGUGAUAUCAAUACAAUAAUGUAAGUGUAUAGUAAAUCACAAAGUAAAUUAAUCCAAAUUUAGAGGACUGACUAAGAAAACCUAAGAAACAAUUGAACUUGAAAAAUAAUUUAGGAUAAGACAUCAACUGCCAUACCAUCUCUCUUAGCAUCCAUCCAAGUAAUAGUGAGUGAGCCUUUGGAAAUUAUUACACAUGACACAUCAGAUUCACUAUUAAACACUCGUUGCUCUGCAAACACACAUACCUUAGUUCCUGGUGCUUUGUUCUGCCUUGGAGCAGUUUUGCCUUUAGGAGCUGACUGUUUCAUGCAUGCUGGUGGUCUUUUCAAUUUCAGUUCAUUUUAAGGCAAAAUGCAAAUCUCGAAUAAGUAAUUCAUACAGGACUUUAAGUUUAAUUAUGUUUAGAUGUCAUAAUAUAUUUGAUGUGUUAACAGUUUCGGAGAGAACCACUCAAACUGAAAAUACAGAUUAUUAUUUUUUGUACCAAAAUGUCAAUGUUUUUUACAGUAUGUGUUGUAUGUAGUGUUGAGAUUGUUACUAGCAUAGCAUACAGUAAACAGCAAUGUGGAUUUAUGGGUUACUUUUGUUAAUUUUGCUUUGUAUAAAAAUCUCAAAUAUAAUUAAAGCUGCGAGCAGCGAUGAA